GUCACAGCAGAGGGCUGGCCUGGAAGAGGGGCAACCGGGACAGAAUCCGGCGCCCCGACUGGGACUAGAACCCGGUGUGCCGGCGCCGCUAGGCGGAGGAUUAGCCUAGUGAGCUGCGGCGCCAGCCUUAUUUUUGUGAUUUUGAUAAUAGCAAAUAUACCUGAAGUCAGAGAGCACACGUAUCCUCGAUUUGCUUUUCCAUGAAGGCUAAUGAUAUGGAGCACUUUUCAUGAAAUUUCUAGCAUUCACAAUUUUUUCUUUUUUUUUUUUUUAGGUUUUUAAAACAACAUUUAUUUUAAAAAUGUUAGUGAAGGAAUUGUAGGAAACUAAAAAACACAAGAAGCUAGGAAAAACUUAAAAGAAAUUUAGUUCAACAUUCCCUUCUAGGUCUUGUGUGUGCACACACAACAUCUACUUCAUUGUGACUUAGAUUAUACACAAUGUUUGCAUUGUGGUUUUCACACUUCAUGAAAAUUUGAUUCAGAAUCCCAAAGCUGUAUGAGUAUUUUGAUAGCCAAGAAUGCACAACAUCGACUCAAUCUGUUAGGAAAAAAGGUACCUCUGACCUUCAGGAAGACAACAUUUUUGUAAAAGGCAAAAAUGGCAGCAGGUCUCUAAACAAACAUCUGCUGAGUUAUAAUUAAGACACUGCUUUCCCCUAGUGCCAGGUUUAAAGGGACACACACAGCAGUGGUGCAUUCUAAUUAUUGUGUUUCUGGGAAAAUUCAUGACCAGUUUGAUAACAUGGAGAUAUCAGCAAGAAGGGAUAUUUCCAUUGCAUCACUUUACGUACUCCUAUAGCACAGUCAAAAGCACACACAUCGAAGCUGUCUACAAAGCACAGAUAUGAACACACUCGCAUGCCUCUCGUUAUACACUUCUUUAUGCCUCUGUGCUGCCAACCUGCUGAGUGGUUCUGACACACACUGCUCAGAGGUGACUUAACAAUUCCAGGUUCAAGCUGGCCACUUCCGCCUGUGGGUAGUCCGUGUGUUUGCAAUUUGUGCCAGGCUUGCAGAUGCAGCGCAGCUCUUGAGGCCAUAGCACCGAGAGCAGACGGACACAAAAAGCUCCCACCAUACCCCAUAGCUCCUCCUCAGUGGCAGGGGACGGGGAGAUGGUUCUAGUCCAUUAGCUUCCCCAGCCCCAGACCUUCCUUAGCCCAGAGACCUGGGCCUCCAGUUCUAGCCUUCCCGCUCUGUUCCCGAGCAUCUGUAGAGCGUCUCCACACUGUUUCCUGUUUCCAUGGGAGACCGUGGGGAGGAAGAAAAGCCACCCAGAGAAGGAACUCCGGGGUGGCUCACACACCUGAAGUGUGGGGGAGGAGGCCGGAAGUGAAGGGGCGGGGAUUGGUGAGGAGGCAGGGCUCACUCACCGGAAGUGUGGGGGAGGAGGCCGGAAGCGAAGUGUUGGGGAUUGGUGAGGAGUCCAGAAGACAGAUGGUGAAGGCGGAUUUUCACUCAGGGCUACCUGGGGGACUUUGGUGGAGGCACUCGGCUGUUUCAUCUGGCUGAGACUCGGUCGUCAUCAGCGAGCUGAGAACUCUGCAUGAAGGUGUGAGUUUUCAGGAGGACAGUUUGCGGGCUGUGCUUGGGACGAGGGGUGGAGAGGCAGGGCUGGAGGUGGGCCUGGCCGCCAGGGCUUCUGCCCCUCUGCCCUCUGCCACCUCAGGACUAACCUGGCUGACGGGGCGGGAAGAUGGAUACCACUGCGAAGAUUCCUAACCCUGUGAAGACCCUGCAGGAGGAGGCAGUGUGCGCCAUCUGCCUCGAUUACUUCACAGACCCUGUGUCCAUCCGCUGUGGGCACAACUUCUGCCGAGUGUGUAUAACUCAGUUGUGGUUCAGGCAGGAUGAGGACGGAGAGGAGUUAGAAUGGGAAGAGGAGGAGGGGGAGGAGGGGGAGGAGGGGGAGGAGGGGGAGGAGGAGGAAGAGGAAGACAUUGAGGAGACUGUGGGGGCCAGUGUUGGAUUGGAAACGCCCAUUGUGGAUGAUGACUUGCAGCGUGCCAUGGAGGAGGAGUUUGAGGGGCCCAUUGGAAACAGGGAGUCCAACUGGGAUUCCGUGUGGGGGGAGGAGGAGGAGGAAGAGGAAGAUCAGGACGUAGUGGACAUGCAGGAGGAGCACCUCAGUUGGGAGGAUGAGGAGGAAGUUCUGGCAGAGGGUGAGGAAGAGGAGCUGGACCCCGCCGCCCCACUGUCUCCUCCUCCAGAGCUUCGGAGGUGCUUCACUUGCCCCCAGUGCCGAAAGAGUUUCCAUCGGUGGAGCUUCCGCCCCAACCUGCAGCUGGCCAACAUGGUGCAGGUGAUUCGGCAGAUGCACCCAAACCCUGCCCAAGGGAGCCAUGUAAAUGAGCAGGCCAUGUGUCCCAAACACCAAGAAGCCCUGACGCUCUUCUGCAAGGUAGACGAAGAGGCCAUCUGUGUGGUUUGCCGUGAAUCUCGGAGGCACAAACAGCACAGUGUGGUGCCGGUGGAGGAGGUGGUGCAGGGGUACAAGGCCAAGUUGCAGGGGCAUCUGGAACCCCUAAGGAAGCACCUGGGGGAGCUACAGGACAUGAAAGCCGAGGAGGAGAGGCGGUUGGCAGAGCUAAACAGCCAGAUGGAUUUAGAGCUGGCAGGUGCAGCCUCCGAGUUUGGGCAGCUGACCGAGUUUUUGGAGGAAGAGCAGGCACAUCUGCAGUGGCUCAUCCAAGAGAUGUACAAAGCAAAGAUGGGAAGAGCUAGAGCCAAUGUCAACCACUUCUCAGAGCAGUUUACCAAACUGAGUGGCCUGCUGGCUGAGGUCCAGGAGCGGAGCCAGCAGGGAGGCCUACUGCUUCUCCAGGAGACUCUCAAAAAGUGUCAAGAGGUAUUGCAGCAGCCCCCAAAGAUCUUUCCCCCUGAAAUAUCCCAACCCCUUGGUGAUGACUUCAGGACAGACGCCAUCGUGAGGAAAAUGAGCCGAGUGUUCUGUAAGGAUACAAGAGUGAACCUGAAGCCAGAUCCUGAUGCAGCUCCUCUGGCUCCGAAUCUGUCCACCGAUUCUGUGAUCCACCUGGUGGAGAGGCGGCAGGAGGUUUUUGACCAUCCCUACACGUUCUCAGCCCUCAGCUGACUGUUGAGGCCAGGGGGCCAGAACAUAUGCUCUGAAUGGCAGUAUUGGUAGGUAAAUGUGGGUAGUGGAGUGUUUAUAUGGUCGGCACUGCUUAUGAAUAGACACAUCCUAAGGAAAAGAUGGACUUGGAGAGGAACUUUGUGGACACUGUGGAUGCGUACUUCUCAUGUCAUCAUCCAAGCUAACGGCUUCAGUUGCCCAAGCAGCACAUGCUACAGCAGCUAGUGGUGUGUGAGGAUACCGCUGAGAACCAUUAUGGAGCACAGAGUUCAAGAGAGCAGACACUGCUGAGACCAGGUGAGAAACCACAGCACGUUGGAGUGUAUCUGAACUGAGAGCCUGAGUGUGUGGGCUUCUACGACAUGGAGACUCUAGCUCAUCCGCACUCCUCAUCUGACCUCCUAGCAAGGGUGUCUUCCAUUCUUCCACAUGCUUUGCAAAGUCACCUGCUCCAAGCUCUGCCCCUGAUCAGUCACUCAUCUGCCGGUGCCGCUGAUGUCCUCUGCAUGGUCGUGAUGGAGGAUGUUUCAUAACUUUAUAUUAUCAAGGCUCCUCCCACCAUGUUACUGUCUUCCUUCUGACUCCUUCUUGAACCCAGGCCCCUGCUUCAGUCUUAGGAGCUGCAAGUAGAAUUCUGGCCUCCAUUUCAGCCUUCUCACCUACUGUGUCUGUCCACCAUGGGAUCCCUGAUAAUGACAUCAGCUGUCUGUUUUUCCCAGUCUUUCUAGCCCAGUCCAGGCCUGGGGUCUGAGUUUGAGUAGGAGAUGAGAGCAGACUGUAAUUUCUUACCUUAACAUCAUUUUUCCCCAACCCCUGUUCAACUUCAUGUCAAUCCUGAGGCUCCCGGGUUUCCGCUACCAUUGCAGCAUCACGAUUCCAACUCCAGUUUUUGGUGCAAAACUUUACUAAAUGAUUUGGAAUCUGUUUUGAGGGAGCAAGCUGGGUGAAAGGAUAGAGCUGGGUAAAAAUCAUUCAUGCUUUCCUCUGGAAACUUUACUGAUUCUAUACUUUCCUUAAAUCCCCAAUUUCUUCCUGCAUAGACCAAACAGAGCUUAGCUUCAGUAGCACAUCUGGCAUAACCCAGCAAUUUAUCUUCUCCCCCUUCCUUUGCCCAGCACUGUAAUUUGGGAAGAAAGGUCAUCCCAUCCUACCCCUCCAGGUCUCACUACGAGACUCUUCUCUUCUGUUCAUCAGACUCUUCUCUUCUGUUCAUCGUAAUUGCUUUUGUUACUUUCCAGCCUCUCUCUGCCUUUUAGUUCCUUCCAUUUGUUCAGCCCUGCCCCUUAGAAAUGCAUGUAACAUGUAGGUAUUGAGUUGGCUGAAAUUUUGUAACACCACACUGGCAAUACACCUUUUGCAGUUACAUCUGUCCCACCUCUUUUAAUCCAGUGAACAACUACUGCUUGCCAAAGUUGCUUAAAAUUUUCACACAAUGUUUCCUAUCACUUUGUGUACAUUAUUCACAAAAUAUUGAACUAUCCUAAUCUUCUUUAAUACACACUAAGCGUUGGGUGCCUUCAUUGUUGUGCAUUGAGUUUAGCUGCCUUUUACAGGGCCAGCAUCCCAUAUGAACACAAGUUCGAGUAUUGGAUGCUCUCCUUCUGAACCAGCUUCCUAAUAAAAUGGUUUAAGAUCAAAUGGACAUAUUUAGAAGAUAUCUUAGGCUAUAACCAUUUUUACCUGUGCUCCUGGGAAAGCACAGAAACUGUCCCAAGUCUUUGGGCCUCUGCACUCAUGUAGGAGAUCGAGAUGAGUACCAGGCUCCUGGCUUUGUCCUGGCCCAGCCGUGGCUGUUGUGACCAUCUGAGGAGUGAAAGAACAGAUAGAAGAUCUCUCUGUGUCUCUCCUUUUGUCUUUGUACCUCUGUCUUAUAAAUAAAUGAAUAAAUCUUAAAAUACACCAGACACUUGUAUAUAUCUAGGAAGACUAGACAUAUACAGUUGGUCUUUAAAAAGGUCAUGGAAACUGGAUUUGAAAGAUAAGUUAUUUUGGUGCAAAAAGCCUGAAACCCAUGUAGUUUUCCUUAGCAUACAUAUUGCAUAAAAAUUAUAUGGGUUUCAAACUUUUUCUAUCAAAGCAGACUUACCUUUUAGUUCCACUUUCCACGAACUUUUUGAAGUACCUCAUAUAAGAAGUUGUCCUCUGAGUACACAAUAUUGUGUAAUAAAAUUUGCCCAUGUAACAAUGGUUAUAUCCUGAAGUAUCUUUUAAAUAUGACCAUUUGAUUUUGAACUAUUCACUCUACUUCCUGACCUUGUAAAUGUUAAAUGUACACUGUUGAUUCUGGAGACAUGUAAACACUAAUCAGAUCCAAAUAUGGAAAAUUUCUCUCUUUCGAAAUACUUUUCUUGGCACUUGUACAGUUCAUCCCCUUUCCUCAUUCCAAAUCCCUAGGAAUCACUAAUACACUUUCUGUUUAUAAAUUUGUAUUCCCCAAAUAACUUACAUUAGACAGUAAAGUGUUUGGUUCUUUAUGUUUGGUUUCUUUCACUUAGCAUAUCAGUUUUGUGAGCUGUACAAGCAUUGGUAAUUUGUUGCUUUUCAUUAUUGAGUUGUGUUGCUUUACAUGAAUAUACUUUAGUUUGUUUAUCCUUUAGCAGCUGUUAAACGAUUUGGUUAUGUUCAACUUUGUCUGUUACAAAGGAAGUGCCUGUGAACAUUUCAGUAGAAGCUUUCAUUGAUGCAUAAGUUCUUAUUUCUCUUGAAAGUCUCUAGAAUUCUAUAGGAGUAAGACUACUGAGUCAUAUUGUAAAUGUUUCUUUCUUGGAAAAGGUGUGUAACUUUUAAUGAAAAGUCAGUAUACAAUGUUGCAAUCUCAGAACCAAGAUGUGAAGGUUCCAGACCCAAUCUGCAAAUAUUUUGUUCCAGUAAAUGUACUUUCUUUUCAUCUGCCUACUAUCUUUUAAAGAGGAACGCUUUUUGAUUUAGUAAACUUAAUUUGUGAAUUUUCCAAUUCAUAGUUUCUGAUUUUUGAAUCCUAAGAAAUGUUUAUGUAAACCAGUGCAGUAGAUUCUCUGACAUUUCUUUACAGAAGUUUUACUACAUGGGAAUCUUACAUUUAUGUGUAUGAUGCAUUCGGUUUUCAUUUCUAUAGGGUGUGAAAUACAAUAUCGGAGGUUCAUUUGUUUGCAUGCUGACGUCUUACAAUUUAAACACUCAUCCUUCAAUAAAAUACCUUUUCCUACUGAAUUAUCUUGAUUUCUUACUAUAAAAAUCAACAUAAAUAUGUUCGUCUCAAUUUGAACUCUGAUUUCUUUACCUGUGCUCAUAACGCAAUGACUUGACUACCAUAGCUUUAAACAACCUUGAAAAAUCUUAUGUGCUUUUUAUAUUUUAUGCAUUUUUGGAUAUUAUACUCUCUCUGUUUUUAUAUAAGAAAUUUUAACAGAAACAUCAAUUUUUUUUAAACAGAAAGAUGCAAGGAUUUUCAUUGGGAUUACACUGAAUCUGUAGACACUUUGGUUGAAACUGGGACAUAUUCACAAUGUAUUUUUAAAUAAUUAUUUAUUUACAUUGAAGGAGUUACAAGAGAGAGGGAGAAACAGAGAGAAACAGAGAUGUUCCAUCUGCUAGUUCUCUCCCUGGUUGGCACAAGUGCCAGUGCUGGGCCAGGCCGAAGCCUGAAGCUUCAUCUAUGUCUUCCACAUGGAUGAUAGGGGCCUAAGCACUUGGGACAUACUCUGGUGCAUUUCCCAUUUGAUUAGCAGGGAGCAGUAUUGGAAGUGGAGCAGCUGGGGCAUGAGAUGGUGUACAUACAGGAUGCCAGUAUGGCAGGUGGUGGGUUUAUCCACCACACUACAAAGUCACCCCCCAUGUUCACAAUUUUGAAUCUUAAAAUCCACUAAUGUGGUAUAUCACUCAUCUGUUAUUGCCUGUUCUAAUUUUUUUCUGUAAUGGUUUUUGGCUUUUUUUGUACAGGUUUGCAGGAACUUUGUUAAUUAUUUAUCACUAAUGUGACAUGGCUUUUUGGUGCUAUAGUAAGGGAUACUCUUUUCACCUUCAAUUUUCAGUUGAUUGUUGCUGGUAUAUAAAAACAGCAUAGACAUCUUGUAUUGUACUUUGCUAUACUUCCAUUUAUGUUAAUGGAAUUAGGUAUAUCUCAUUUGGCUACAAUGCUUUAAAUUUUUUGUGUAUACUUAUUGUCGAAGUGCUAUUUCACUACAGAUUUGGUGUCAAAAUAGUUUACAUUUACAGCUACUAUCUUGUUUUAUUUUGUUUCUUAUCACAUCCAGUUUUAUUCAUUUUUCCUAUUUCCUCUUACACUAUUUUAAUCUGCAUGGCUUAUUUUCAUAUCUUUGUUUUUAGCAGUUGCUAUAAGAAUGAGAAUAUAAUUAACUCACACAUAGACACAAAUAACACUACACCACAUGUUCUGAGUAACAACUUUGUUUCCUUUCCUUCCUUGCAUUUUUAAAAAUUGCAUAUAAGGAAAGGAUUUUUAUUUAUCCACAAUUUUAGCAUUUGCAGGACAAUUCAAUUAUAUUCAUGGAUCCAAAUUUCCUUCGUUAAUCUAGUAAUCUGUUGAAUUGCAGUGGUAAACUUCUAUGUUUAAAACGACUUUGUAAUCCUGGCACUGGAGGGUACUGGUUUUGGUCAUGACAGUCUGAUCACUUCUGAAUAAACUUUCUUAACAAUUUGUUUAGGAUUUUAAUAAAUACCCUCACGAGUGACAUUAGCUUCAACACUUAGUUCAUAAAUUAUCUUUGAUGGACUUGGGAUCAAGGUCACACUAGGUAAAUAAAAUGAAUUGGAAUAUAAAAACUGUUCCUUGGGCCUGAAAUCUUUGAAAGGUGUGAGUAAUGUGGGACCUGGCUUUUCCACAUUCAGCUGCUUCUGGAUCACAUCUCUAUUUCACUAUCAGGCCUUAGCUAAAAGAUAAACACAGAAGGAGCAAGUCUGGGUUCAUGUGCCUUCAAAAAGUUGCGAGUCCCAUCUUUGCUACUAGAUGACUCUAAUGAUCCUGUCAUCCUGAAAACUAUGCAUUUCUAUUUCUAUGCUGAUACUAUCCUUAUGUACACAGAAGUUUAAAAGUCACCACACUGUUCAUUUGCCUUGGUAAUGUUGAUCUGUGCUGUGGGUGAUCCUGUGAGACUGCCUGCCUAGCCCAUGCAGUUAGCCUGACUGCUGGCAGGUGAUACAUUUCGCUCCCCCCUGCCUUGUGUGGAUCAGGUAAAUUGCUCCCUGGUGUGGCCCAGGCCCACCUGGAAAGCUACUCUAGCUACAUAACCUUUAAGCUGAUUGGAGGGGCAUAUUGGCGCCAGUGUCGGUUCUGUCCUAUGGGUGUUGCCCUGAAUUAGUUAGGCCCUUCUUCCUGCCCUUUAAAGGUGUCUGUGGUUGGCUGGUGCCACGGCUCACUAGGCUAAUCCUCCGCCUUGUGGCGCCGGCAUACCGGGUUCUAGUCCUGGUUGGGACUAGGAUUCAGGCUUUGUUGUUGAAGCCUUUGGUACUUUUUCAGAGCAAAUACUUCUGAAAGUUUAGAAUACAAAACUGAUGAUGUGUGUAUUGACUUUACUAACAAUCUGCUAUAUUCAGAAAAUUAUGGAUAUUGUUAUAUUCAUUGUUUUUUAAAGAUUUUAUUUAUUUGAGAGGUAGAGUUACAGACAGUGAGAGGGAGAGCCAGAGAGAAAGGUCUUCUGUCUGCUGGUUGAGUCCCAAAUGAGCGCAAUGGCCGGAGCUGCGCCGGUAUGAAGCCAGAAGCUAGGAGCUUCUUCUGGGUCUCCCACAUGUAUGCAGGGGCCCAAGUACUUGGGCCAUCUUCUACUGCUUUCCAAGGCUACAGCAGAGAGCUGGAUCGGAAGAAGAGCAGCCGGGACUAGAAUUGGCGCACAUAUGGGAUGCGAGCGCUGCAGGUGGAGGAUUAACCUACUGCGCCACAGCGCUGGCCCCUAUAUUCAUUAUUUAACAGAAAAGCCUUUGUUCCUCUCUUGAAGGAUGAGUUUACCAAAAUGAGACACACAGAUCUCUCAAGUUAAAUAAUUGAUACAAAAUAAGCAUUAACAUACCUCUUUUAUACUUAUCUUACCGUGCCACAGAAAAUUAUUAACUAUAAUGCUAAAGCCAUUUCAGACGGUUGAUGAGGACCCAGAGAAAAUGACUGAUGUCACAAGCUCCAUAGAUAAAUUCCUCAACAUCUGUAAAAGUUCUGCUCUUUAUUGAAAAGAUAGUUAGAGGUGCCGGUGCUGUAGCUUAGUAGUUCAAGCCUCCGCCUGUUGUGCCGGUAUACUUUAUGGGCACCGUUUAUUGUCCUGAGUGCUCUUCUAAUGCAGCUCUAUGCUAAUGACCUGGGAAGGCAGUAAGAGAUAGCCCAAAUGCUUGGGUCCUUGAUACGCGUGGGAGAGCCUGAAGAAGCUCCUGGCUCCUGUCUUCCGAUUGGCCUAACUCUGGCCAUUAUGGCCAUUUGGGGAGUGAACCAGCAGAUGGAAUAUUCUCUCUGUAUUUCUCUCUCCAUCUCUAUUUCUGUGUAAUUCUGCCCCUCAAAUAAAUAAAUAAGUCUUCAAAAGUAAAGUUAGUUAGAGGCAGGGAGGGAGAAACAACCAAUACCUUCUUCUCUACAUAGAUCAUCACCCUAUCAUCAAAUGUCAUUCAGAAGGCCGUCCAGAUGCUUGCUUUUCACUGUAUAGCCCCGUUACUAUAUAACCCAGAAGAACUACAACUCUGAGCCCCAGUUCUUCUUCACAUCUGAUAUGACAGUUUUGCAACAAAGGAUCUUGCUCAGAAUCCACCCUGCUUACCAAAUGGCAGGAGGUUACAAACAGCAUGUGUUUUCCCCUCUCACAGAAGCUUAAAUUUAUUUCCUGGUGAAAAGGGACUGAAAAUCUAGGGAGUAAAGAUAAAGUGAGAUUGAAUGUAGUGUAUCCCAUUUUCCCAUGAAAUAUGUGAGGCAUCCCUAAAUCACAGAUCUGAUGGAAGAAUGAGGGCUGAGCUAAGGAAAGGAAUUAGGAUACCUUGCUGAGGCAAAACAUAUUGGGUCCUACUUAUCCCAUCUCUUUAUAAGCUGUGGAAUGAAAUAGUCAAGAGUUUCCAUCCUGGCUUUGACCAAACACACUGGUUUGUAAUGGUGGGGAAGUUAUUUACAUCUGUUCAAUUUGUUUCCCAAAUUAUGGUACAGACAUUUAAGUGUAUACACUAAAUGAUUGUUAGGAGGAAAAAACAGGGUGACAUAUAUGAAAGAUGUUAUAAUUUAGAUAAAUUUGGUUUAUUAUAUUUAAUUUUUAGCAAAUUGUCAAAUGUUUUAUUUGGUCAUAUAUUCAUUUGCCUUUUAAAUUACUUCUCUACCAGUGAUACUACUUUUGAAUCUUUAAUAGGGAUAUUAGGUUAACUGUACAUUAUAUAGUGUGGUAAAAAUUGUGUUACAUGAUGUACUUUAUCAUGCCAGGGAAAAUCCAUCAAUAGUCAGGUCAUACAACACCACAGUCUGUUGACUGUACAAGCCAUCCCUAAGUAGCACUGCAGUGGUCAUCAGAGACAUGGAGAUUACCUGUGAGGUUGUUAGUUUAUGUUGUCACAAUUCAGUCGAUUCAACGAGUAGGAAAGCAAUGAGCCAAUGUGUAUUAAAAUAGUUUAAUUGCACAGAACAAAAGCAAUUCUGUCAGUUCUGUGUCCUAAUCCCAAAGUUUGACACUGAAUCAGAGGUACUCAAUGACAAACAGCACAGUGAGUGGGUUUCUACCAGUGAGAACCCUUGGCUGUACCCUAAGGCAUCGAGUGGUCUUAGCCCCACAGCUGUACCCUAAGGGGAGGCAACAAGUAAAAUCCUGAGCACAACUGAGACUAGGAAGAAGCCUAAGUGAAGGCUUUGUGUCAGUCUCCAGAAAGUCAGAGAGACAGGUUUGAAAAUGUCUUUUGAAAUCUCCUGCUUAUCUUUCUUGGUUCCCGAGAGAUCACAAGGUGUUCAGCCAUGACUCAGGACAGACUGCAGUCUCGCUUGGCCUAC